AUGGCGAACAGGGGGUAUGAUGUUGUCGUCGACAUCGACACAGAGGGCGAUCUAGGCCACACAGACCUACAAGACGACGACCUCGAGUUCCAUUCCUCCAACUUCGACACACGGCCUUCGAACCGCAAGGUCCCAGCAGAUUCAACACCAUUCCUGUCCAACAGCAGCACGAAUCCCGCAAACCUGCCCAAUGACCCCUCGGCCGUGCCAUCCAAGCACAUGCUCUGGUCUCUAUCAUUCUACGCUCAGUUCUUCGACGUCGACACUUCCACCGUGCUACACCGGUGCCGCACCGCACUGUUGCCGUUCAUCCCCAACACCCCUCCAUUUCUCGAUACCUUGGACGGAAACCCGGACCUGUACGGGCCCUUCUGGAUUGCCACGACCGUGGUGGUGAUUUUGUUCCUCACCGGGACAAUCAGUCACAAGCUGGCCUCAGAGGGAAAGAAACAUUUUGAAUAUGACUUUAAGCUGCUGUCUGGUGCAGCGGGUUUGAUCUACGGGUACACUCUGUUUGUCCCCCUAGGCCUGUGGGGGGCAUUGCGCUGGUUCGGUGCACAGUCUUUAGAGCUGGUCGAGUGCUGGGCACUCUAUGGCUACAGCAACCUCUUCUGGAUCGCCGUGGCAUUGGUGUCAUGGUCGCCUUUGAAUGGUCUGAACUACGCGUUGGUCGGGCUGGGCUAUGCCGUCAGCGUAUUCUUCCUGGUCAAGAACUUGUUUCCCGUGAUCAGCGCCACAGAGAAGAAGAUCAGCCAGGUUUUGUUGGUGGCCGUUGUGCUGUUGCACGCCGGGUUGGCAAUCGCGAUCAAGAUCUUGUUCUUCAGUCACAAGAGUCCGGCCGCCAAGGGGGACUGA